AUGCCAAAGGUCUCAGGACCACAAGAGGGCAGGGGCCCCAAGGGUGGGGUGCUACACCCAGUCGCCCCUGUGUACACCGUGAAGGUAGACAGACGGAUCGUCCAGCGUGGGUCCACGCGGCACAAGGCUGCUCUGGUGGGCGUGACGGAAAAGGGCGACACUGCCAGGAGGCUGGCUGCUAAGGCUGCGAUUGACGUGCGGUCCACUGCCGCACUAUUGACAUCGGAACUGACACGUGUGGCGACGAAGAUUCCUGCCCAACCACUGCUGAAAGUAGCGGCAACAAAUCUGGGACAUCUGGUGCCACAGCACACAGGCCAGCCUGGUGCUGGGUCUUCCAGCCCUCGCAUUCGUGAUGCCAUGGCGGCCGCCUUGUCAACGGGACUCUCACCGUCCAGUGCCACCACCUCUGUGGACUCAACCGCUGUCUGGCGACCAAGGGGUGUGCUGCUUGCACAUCUUGCAGAGCACAGGAAGAUGGUGAACAGACUGGCUGUUGCACGCAACAAGCAGUUCUUUGUUAGUGCCUCAAACGACGGAACGGUGAAGGUCUGGGACCUCAGGCAUCUGGAGAGGGAUGUGUCGUUUCACAGCAAGCUGACAUACGGCGCCCAGUCGGGCAAGAUCACAGCAGUCACAGCUUGUGAGGACAGUGCCAGCAUUGCUUCAGUGUCGACAGAUGGUAGUGUCCAUGUGUGGCGUGUGGAGUAUGUGCGGAAUACACAGCGACCCGGACGGGAAGAUUACUCAGGCAUAACUGGCAGGCAGCAGGUGACGCCCUGCGAAGGUGCAGUGCUGGACAUCCACCAAUGGGGCCCACUCCUGAUUUAUGUUACCCAGAGGGGCGGCGUCCACGCUUGGGACAUCCGAAUGCGGCAGGACGCCUGGUGCAUACCCCUGGCGCCCCACCAGGGGCUGGUCGAGAGGAUCGCCUUGGACCCCACGGACGACCUGUCCUGGUUGCUGACAGGCUCAAGCCGCGGCUACCUGGGCCUGUGGGAUGUACGGUACCGCCUGCUAGUUAACAGCUGGAGGCACCCGCUGGGGUGCAGCAUAAAUGCACUGGCACCGGCCCUUGCGCCGCCGGACUCCUUGGGCCUCAGGGGGAUGUCUGGGCUUGGGCCCCUGGUGUAUGUGGCAGCUGGAGGGAACGAGGUGGCCCUCUGGGAUGUGGUUGAGGGGCGGUGUCGGCAGGUGUUUCGUGUCAUACCUCGUGAGGAGACCGAGAUUGUAAAAAUGGAGCAGCCAACUGCCCUCGGUCCCCCACCAGCCCAGAGGAACUCAUCGCAGCUGCGGUCGGCAGAAUCUGGCUCCGACCCCUUGCGAACAAGCCUUGCCAAGGACUUGGCAAUCCAAGAGCUGUACAUGCCCCAGCCCCGGCAAGAGGGCUUGCGAUCGGUGCUGGCGAUGCCGGGGGGCGCCCUCCUGACUGCAGGGAGCGACCGGUGUGUGCGGUACUGGGAUGGCCUGGAGCCCAAGAGCAGCUACAUUGUCUGUGGCCCACCUGUGAGGGAUGAGCUGUCAGAGAUGCAGCUUGCGGACCGCCCGCGGCCGCACUACACCCACCAGUACACGCUGCACCGCCUGCACGAGGUGCCCAUCCUGGACGAGUGCUGCCUGGCGACCCACACCCCGAAGCCACCCGACCCCUUCGAGGACAUCCUGCGCAUGGAGGACCUGUGCCACCGCGACUGCGUGACGGACAUGGCCACGGUGGAGGUUCAGGAGAGGAUGCUGUUGACUUGCGGGCGAGACGGGAUCGUCAAGGCGUGGCGGUGA